GGCGCUACCACUACAUUUCCUUGCCUUCCUCUCCGAGUCUAUAUAUGCGCUCACCUUCCCCGCACCUCUCCAUUGCUAUCCGGCCACGGUUCUCCUCUUUUCUCACACAAGUUUGUAAGAUUCAUUCCUCCGUGGUGCAUGUGAGAUGGGGCUCGACGUCGGAGAGAUUGGGAUGGACGCCGAUUUGAGCCUGGAUCUGAGGUGCUUCGCCUCCAAGGCCGUGAGGCAGACCAAGGACGCGCCGGCGUCGGACAUGGACGCUUGCAUCCGGCGGCUCGAGGAGGAGCGGGGCAAGAUCGAGAUGUUUAGGCGGGAGCUCCCGCUCUGCGCGCGCCUCCUCGCCGACGUGAUCGAUGCCAUGAAGGAAGAGGCGGAGAAGAAGAAGAGUGAUCGCAAGGAGGAAGACGAGGAGGGCGCCGCCGGCGACAAGAGCAAGUGGAUGAGCACGGCGCAGCUCUGGACAGGCGAUUCUGGCCGGGAUGAUGCCGAAUCAGAGAAGCAAGACAAGGGGAGGAACUCGUCGGUGGCGAAGUCUCGCGGCUGCGGCGGCGCGUUCAUGCCAUUCAAGGCUGUGGGCUCCGGUGGGCCGGCGUUCGCGCCGCCGUGCUCCAGAAAGAAUGAUACGGCUGCGGACGUGGCGAUGCCGGAUCUGUUCUUGCUGUCGCCGCCGUCGAUCAAGAGCGCUCCGGCUACCUGCGCUGUCGUUGAGGAAAGCCGUCGGCAAGUUGUAGGAUUUGCACAAGCAGCAGCGAGGGCGGCCGCCAUGGCACCAUCUGACCCUGCGCUUAGCCUCCAAUCUCAACCACAGCAGACAGCACAGCAGCAGCAGCAGGCUAGGAAGGCGAGGCGAUGCUGGUCGCCGGAGCUUCACCGCCAGUUCGUCGCUGCCUUGAAUCAACUUGGUGGCCCCCAAGUUGCCACUCCAAAGCAAAUCAGGGAGCUGAUGAAGGUGGAUGGCCUGACAAACGAUGAAGUGAAAAGCCAUCUCCAGAAGUACCGCCUGCACAACCGAAGGGCGCCUGGAUCCGCCGUUGUAAGCCAGCCGAUCGUGCUUAUGGGAGGGCUCUGGAUCCCCCAGGAGCAAAGCAGCUCCCAGUCUGGGUCUCCCCAGGGCCCCUUCCAUUUGUCAACCUCAGGCAUCGCCGUUUCAUCGGCGGCUACCGUCAGUUGUGAGGAGGAAGAUGGCAGGUCUGAGAGCUAUGGCUGGAAAUGACUGAGGUUCCAUCGUCUGUGUUCAAAGGUUUGGUGGAUGGCGCUGCUGCGAUGCCGCCAAUUACAGCUUCAGGGAGCCUCUUAUGAGAGGAUUGUAGUGCAGUUGUCUGUAUACAGGGAGAUCGGGCCUUGAGCGCUCUAGAUGAAACUGAUGCUGCGUCGGGUUGUCGUUAUGUACAUCUAUAGAGAUGAAUAGUACUUACAGUUUUGUGGCUUGUUGAUCCAAGUUUCGGGCAGAGCUACAAUUUUCGCCCCGAGGGUUUACACA